AUGGCUCCCGUAUCCGCUGAUCCCACCGGCGAUAUCGCCCUGGCGAUUCUCCAGGCGCUGGCCAACACCGACCAGCUUCUCUCGACCGAGGCGUUCCCCAACGUGCCUUUUGACACCGCAAAGGCUGCCCUGGACCGUCUCUCUUCGCGGUCCAUGGUUAUCUAUGAGCAGAUUGAGCGACAGGAGGCAAUCUUGGAGGCCGAGGCCGAGGAGAUUGUCCAGCACGGAAGCCACGAGGCUCGCGUUUUCGAUGCGGUGCACAAGGCUCUGGGGGGCCUCUCGAUUUCCGAUUUGGAGACUGCGAUUGGCGACAAGAAUGUGACAAAGGUUGGCCAGGGCAAGGCCUUUAGGGAGAAGUGGAUCAAGAAGGAGGACAACAAGCUUGUUGCGCUGGUCGACACAAUCGAGGACGUAACGAGAGCUCAGCUCCAGUUCAUCAAGGAGACGAAAUCACACGAUGCCAAAAUCAUUGCCGACCUGAAGAAGCGGAAGCUGCUCAACACCCAAAAGGUCAUUUCCUUCAAGGUGUCCAAGGGACCCAAGUUUGCGCUGGAGAUUGUCAAGGAGGAGACUGAUUUGACGGCCGACAUGCUGGCGUCUGGAUCGUGGAAGUCGGCAAAUUUCAAGCCAUACAACUUCAAGGCUUUGGGCGCGAAUCAGGUCUCUGGAGCUCUUCACCCGCUCAACAAGAUGAGACAUGAAUUCCGGCAAAUCUUCUUCGAGACUGGCUUCACCGAGAUGCCUACCAAUCAAUACAUCGAGACUGGCUUCUGGAACUUCGAUGCCCUCUUCGUUCCUCAGCAACACCCGGCUCGUGAUCUGCAAGACACCUUCUACAUCUCCGACCCCCUGACCGCUGGCCGGCCUGGUCCCGUCUCUGCAGACGACAGACAAAACUACGACGAGUACUUCGAGAACGUCAAGCAGGUACACGAGAACGGAAAGUACGGCUCAAUUGGCUACCGAUACCCCUGGGCAGAGAAGGAGUCAUUAAGACUCGUCCUCCGCACUCACACAACCUCUGUCUCCGCUGCUAUGCUGCAUAAGCUGGCAGCAAAGAAGGGCCCCGAUGGACGCGUUCCUCCUGCCCGCUAUUUCUCCAUCGACCGAGUUUUCAGAAAUGAGGCUGUCGAUGCGACACACCUUUGCGAGUUCCACCAGGUCGAGGGUGUUAUUGCCGAUUACGGCUUGACCCUCGGUGGUCUGAUGGAAUUCUUUGAGACCUUCUUCCACAAGAUGGGAUUGACUGAUCUCAAAUUCAAGCCUGCAUACAACCCCUACACAGAGCCUAGUAUGGAGCUCUUCAGCUACCACAAGGGCUUGAAAAAGCUUGUAGAGAUUGGUAACAGUGGCAUGUUCCGACCAGAGAUGUUGGAGGCUAUGGGACUGCCCAAAGACCUGAGAGUGUACGGAUUCGGCCUCAGCUUGGAGAGACCGACCAUGAUCAAAUACGCCAUCCAGAACAUCCGUGAGCUGCUUGGUCAUCAAGUAGACCUGAACUUCAUUGAAAGAAACGCUGCCGUGCGACUGGACAAGGACUAG